AGUUUGAGCGAGGCGGGAAACGGCGGAGGCGGCACCGCCGGGAUCGGGAUCGGACACGGGCACCACACGGGACACCGGGAUCGGGCUCAGGCACCGGAGAUCGGGCACCAGGACCCUACCCCACACCGGGCACCGGCGAUCGGGCACGGCCUCAGGCUCCACACCGCGCUCGAUCCGCGGCCCCCGAGCGGCAGGGGCGGCCCCACUUCCCCGGUAGCGCCCUGCGGUUCCCGGCUCCCCUCAGCCAUGUCGGUGGAUCCCAUGGCCUACGAGGCGCAGUUCUUCGGGUUCACCCCCCAGACGUGCAUGCUGCGCCUCUACAUCGCCUUCCAGGACUACCUGUUCGAGAUGAUGCUGGUGGUGGAGGGCGUGAUCCUCAAGAAGCUGGACGCGAUCCCCGGCUGCCAGAUCAGCCCUUCGCAGAUCCGGAAAUGCACCGAGAAGUUCCUGCUCUUCAUGAAGGACCACUUCGACAAACUCUUCGGCAGGAUGGAAGAGGUGCUGCUGCAGCUGGUGCUGAACAUCCCCAGGAACGUGCUGCUGCCCGAGGACAGGGUGCACGAGCAGUAUCCCUACGGCAAGGAGGAAUUCCAGGCGCUGCAAGAGGAGCUGCAGCAGCUGCAGCAGCAGUGCAGGGCCGAGGCGGCCGCGGGGGAGGCUCUGAGGGCCGAGCUGGAGGAGCAGAAGGCUGUCACGGCAGAGCUGGAGAAGAUCUUGCAGUGUUUUGAUGGGCUUGAGAACAUCUGCAGGGAGCACGGGAUCGGCAACUUCAAGGAGAGCUUGGCCUUCCUGACACAGAACUCUAAGAAGCUGCAGGAUGUGCUGAAAGAAGUCAAGGAGAAGAGCAAAAAAAUGGAGCAGCAUGAGCAGUUAUUGUAAUGGAAAUGCUGGAAAGGCAGCAGAAGUCGUUUAGAGAGCUUGCUUAUAUGGUAGAGGCUUGUCUUUCCCUUACUCCUCUCAUCCUGCCAGGAUCUGGACUAAAAGUUGAACUCCCUAGGGAGGAAAUCCUGUAAAAUGUAACUCAGCUUGGCGAUCUGGAAUAAAUUUUGGGUUGGAUAACCUGGAUGUGAAGGUGCCUUCCUGGCCAUUGAACGUUACCUUUGAGCACAACACAGCACGUGCCUAUUUUAAGGAUUAUAAAAAACAGUCUCAUUAAGACUUGCAGGAAUGUUUUGGUGGGUUUCCAGUCUGAUGGCAGUGCAGGUGAUGGUGUCACGAGGACAUGGGGACUUUUCCAGCUCCCCAAGGAGUUGCCUGGCACUGGCUGUGAUGCCUUUCCCUGUGUUUGAAAAGCCAACAAGUAGGAAGUGCCUGGAGGAGAACAACACAGGGAUGCUGUUGGCAAGGCUCUGAUGGGAUCUGUUGGCAUCAAGCAGAAUUUUAGCCCAGGUUCUGGAAUCUCAGGGUUCCUCACCACUCCACGUGUGCUUGCAGAGAGGGAACUUGUGUUUCCCUCCAGGGAAGCCACUGGAGAAAAUGAGCACCUACUUGAGCUUAUGUUGCUUUGCAGAUAUGUUUUGUUGGUUUGUUUUUAUUUUUGUUGCCCAGUGUCCUUUUUGUACUGAAUAGCUGAGGUCUUUCUAUUCAUGUUUAAUCAAAUUUUCCUGUAAAAUUGUUGUGAAGACUGAUGAGCUUGAGUUCUUUGAGCUCACUUAACAAACCUUGUUCUCUCUGUACAUAAUUCAAAAUCCCUGACAGUCUGUGCAUCCUUCCACAGUAGGUUUUUAUCUCCUGUUUAACCCUAUCAUUAUAUCAAUAUUAAUUUCUACUUUAUUAGCAUAGAGGUUUAAAAGGCAAUAAACUUGUGAAUCGUUUUGGAGUGACCGCAAUAAAAAAAAUGUAUUAAAGACAUAAAAUACACUUUGGAAUUCUUUCUUCCCUGACUUCUGAAGGCCUCAGCUGGAUAAAACCAGUGUCUUGAACCAUUAUUGCCUUGGUGUGGGACUGGAGACUUGUGAGUUCAUGCAAUAAAAAAUGACU